AAAUUAUUAUUUGGAGGUUGGGCUGGCCCAUUGUCCCGUAUGUAGUGUAGGUUCUGUUUCUGAUUGUCUCAGACGAAUGGAAGAGCACGGAGUUGUCCCAGAUGUUGUAGAUGUUGCUCCAGCAAGCACAGCCGAGAUUCAUUACGGCUCCAUCAAAGUACAGCAGGGCAAUGUUCUAACGCCUACGCAAGUUAAAGAUCCCCCGACAACAGUCAAUUGGCCGACAGAACCAGGAGCUUUGUACACUAUUGUAAUGACAGACCCAGAUGCACCAAGUCGUAAAGAUCCAAAAUUCAGAGAAUGGCACCAUUGGAUUGUUGGUAAUAUCCCUGGAACAGACAUUGCCAAAGGAGUCGUACUAUCUGAGUACAUCGGAGCCGGACCACCACAGGGUACUGGACUUCACCGCUACGUCUUCUUGAUCUACAAACAGCCUGCUGCAGUGGAAUUCAAGGUCCCAAAGCUUACAAAUACGUCUACAAAUGGUCGCCCUAAGUUUAAAGUUCGAUCUUUUGCUGCUGACCAUGGUUUGAGGUCUGCUGUUGCUGGAAACUUCUUUCAAGCUGAGUGGGAUGACUAUGUGCCCAAGUUGUAUGCUCAAUUUAAGUGAUAACCAGUCUUUGUUGCCAUUUUUGCAAACAGUUGACUGCGCUAUUGGUUUUUGCAAUCUUAGUUGUAACAUGUUGCAACUAUUGUGUUGAUCAAG